AUGAGCCGGGACAUUAGCCCACCUCCGGCAAAACGGCACAAGAUAUUGGCUCAGACGACUGGAUCGACUGCGAAGCAAAGUCCAACGACGCCACAGCCUCUGCCACCACUGCACACGAAUAGCAUCCGAAUCUUCUCAUGGAACGUCAAUGGAAUCGCUCCUUUCUUGCAAAAGUCCAUAAAGUCGUUCUUCGCUGCGUCGGACCCCCAAGAUAAAGAAGACAACAUCCCUCCUCCAUCACUUCGAGGCAUUUUGCAGAGACACAAAUGGCCCUCUAUCCUUUUUCUGCAAGAAGUCAAAAUCGCAACCAAAGACACAAAGACCCAAGACGCGGUCAAGGCCGCCGUGAACACCAAAUUCCCAUCAGAAACCGACGACGAAGGCCCAACAUACGAAGCGCAUUUCACACUUCCGAAUGAUCCACACAACGCGCGCGGCCUACGAGGCAGUGGAAAACUCUACGGCGUAUGCAGCAUCCUCCGCACCGACCUCCAAAACCCCUACCAGAUCAACAUCCGAACAGUAGACUGGGACAAAGAAGGCCGCAUCUCCAUCGUCCAACUCACCGGCAAAUCCGCAAAGCUCGCCAUCUUCAACAUCUAUGCCGUCAACGGCACCUCCAACCCUUACCGCGACCCAACAACAGGCGUAGUAACCGGCACACGCCACGACCGCAAACUCCAAUUCCACCGCCUGUUGAUGCAAGAAUGUCUGGAUCUCGAAGCAGCAGGUUGGCGUGUGCUGCUCGCAGGCGACAUGAACGUUGCGCCCGACGCGCGCGAUGGACAUCCCAAGCUCCGAACAUUCCCCAAGCAGCAUGCGCUCAACCGGGCGGAUUUUCACGAGAGGUUUCUGGAGGGGACGGGGCUGGGUGGCGUGGAUGUGUGGCGCGAGAUGCAUGGGAAUGAGCGGCGGUAUACGUAUUAUCCGAGGGGGAGGGAGUGGGGGUCGAGUUGUGAUAGAGUGGAUUAUGUGGUUGCUGGGAGGGGGGCGUGGGAUGCGGGGAUGGUGAAGGCGAGUGGGAUCUUGGAUACUGAGGGGGAGAGGGGAAUGAGUGAUCAUUGUCCGGUUUGGGUAGAUGUUGGGCUUGAGAGAAGGGAUGGGGAAGAUGCGGGAAAAGUACAGCAAUUGUGA